AUGAGUCCACCACGUCAUCUCAAGCUCGAGCUUGAAGAUGGCACUUGGAUCAACUACUCAGAUGCGCAAAACGAAUUCGACGAUAUCGUUACUAAACUGGGAUAUACCGAACAUCGCAAAAAGCUCUACGACAAUCUCGAUAAACAAAAAGACACGAUUCGGUCUCUCGUUAGACACCAUCUACACUUAGGGAAUGAUGCUGAAUGCAUUGUUCUGCCCCAGGCGCAAUGGAUCAAGGGGAGCUUCAAUGUCUGCAUCCCUAUCACGACAGUGUCGGGUACUGUUCGUCGCGGUCUGAUGUUGCGCUGCUGUUUACCGUACAAACUUGCCGAGGCACAAUACCCCGGUACCAUUGAGGAGAAGUUGAGAUGCGAAGUCGGAGCUUAUGUCUGGAUGCAGCGGCAUUGCACAGACAUUCGUAUUCCCUACCUUCACGGUUUUGGCUUCGCCGAUCACCGCCACUAUUCCCAUGAAAACUAUCGCCCUUGGUAUAUACGCCUUUUCCGCAAAGUUCAGCGUCUUUUCAACGAUCUUUCACAUCGCGACGUGCCCUCCCAGUAUACCCUUCAUCCGUCGCGUCACCAUUUACCAACUGCAUACAUGCUGCUCGAACAUAUCGGCCCUGGCGUAGGACGAAUGCUUUCACAUACCUUGCCUGACCAUUACAAGGAUCUAGACCGCAGAGAACGGCUGUUCCGAGGUAUAGCACGCGCGAUGCUCUCCCUUGCCCGAGUUCCUCAGCCGCGAAUAGGGUCUUUCCAGUUCCAUGACGAUUGCUAUAUCAGGCUAACGAACCGGCCAUUGACGUGCUCGAUGAUGAUCUUCGAGAAUGAAGGUACGCGGAGAGCGAUCGAGAGGACCGAAACAUACUCAUGCACAGAGUCCUUUGCUUCUGACAUGAUUUCAUAUCACGACAAUCAUUUUAUUAGUCAACGUAAUGUUGUUGAUGAAGUAGAUUGUCGUGACAGUAUGGCUAUGAGGACCCUGCUGCGAGGAUUGUCCUGUAAAUACCUCAAGAAAGAGUUUCGAAACGGGCCAUUUGCCUUGCAGUUCACCGAUCUACAUGCAAGUAAUAUUUUUGUUGAUGAUGACUGGAAUGUCACUUGUCUGCUGGACUUGGAAUGGAUCUCGGCACUGCCCGUGGAGAUGUUAGCCGUGCCCUACUGGGUAACUAAUCGCAAGAUCGAUGAGGUAGCGCACAAAAAAGAGAAGGACAAAAACAAGGACAAAGAUGAGGACAAAGACGAGGACAAAGAUGAGGACAAAGAUGAGGACAAAGACCAUUUUGAGGAAUUCAACGAGGCUCGGCAACAGUUUAUGCGUGUGUUUGAGGAGGAGGAAGCAAAGGCAGAUUCAGACAUUCCUCUUUCAAGGGUCAUGCAAGACACGUGGAACUCAAAGGCAUUUUGGUUUUGGCACUGUCUCAAGUCCGUGGACGCUAUGCGCUGGCUUAUAUGGGAUCAAAUUUGUCCCCAGUUCGGCACGCACUUGGGUUCCGAUCUUAGUAGAACGCUCUCGAAGUUUUGGUGCCAAGACUCCCAAGAGAUGGUCAACAAGAAGAUGGAUGAGCUCAAAGUUUAUGAGAAGGAACUGUGUGAUGCUUUCAAAUAG